UAAAGUGUUAGUUGUUAGUUAAAAAUGAACUGUGUCUUCGUAAAUGUCUUUUUGUUGAUGAUUUUUUCUAAGUGCUUACAUAAAGCAUUGCACAUCCAUGCGGAACUUUCAAAUGAAGAAGAUGAACGUAAUUUAAUUAGAGUAAGAAGACAAGGAGGUUACAUGUCACUCCCUGAAGCCUUGUCAGAAUUUAUGGAUCCAAAGGUGGAGAAUGAUGAAAAUGUACAGGGUUUUUUGGCUGUAUACAGGACGAAUUGUCCUAUUUAUUUUGGGAAGUUUAGUGAGCGUAAAGUCACCUCAAGACAUAUAUUUGUGGUGGUUGAGGGUACACACAGGGCAACAAGAAACCUAGUGACGAGCAAACUGGCCGAGAGGUUGAAGGCUGCGAACCUCCAUUCUCCUCCGGGGUUUCUCACCCGAAACAAGAUCAUGCUCAACGAGACCAACCAGUCGCUCAAGCGAGCAUUCUUCAUGCUCGGAAUCUACGGGGUGGCGCACACAGUGCGAGAUAUGAUACCCGACCUUUCCAUCGUCACAUCGGGGUAUUACAUAGACCAGUUGGCCUUCAGCAUAGCAGGAGCAUUCCAGCAGCAUCUGCCGAGUAGAUCGUCUGCUAUAUUCAAGUGGCCGAAGGAUCUUGUCAAACCUGAUAUCGUGUUCUUUAUCAACACACCGUCACUUAUAAAGAAGCGAUACAUAGAAUUGGACACAUUUAGGGGAAGGAUUGUCCAGAUUUACCGCAACUGGGAGACUCCACCUCCCAUCGUAGAGAUUAACUCUACCAAUGUCUACACCAACAUGGUAGAUCAGAUGAUGGACCACAUACACUACCAUCUGGGCUACCACGGCGAGCCAGCACCGGUCGAUCCCGACAACGACAUCAACACUUGUUUUCAAUACCUACUAGACCAGACGCAGAAUGGAGUGAAAAGCUAGCUGUAGAAACAUGUGUUCAGCCUAUCAGAUGUUUGCAUUGACUUUUAUAAUGAAAUGGACUUUCCUGAUUAGCUGUAGCCAUUUUUAUUCAAUUUGAGUUUAAUGGACCACUUACAGAAUGUGCUAUAGUCUAAAAAUAUUUUCUCUCAUUUUCUUCCUUCGAUA